AUGUCGCUCAGCCGUGUGUCGGAAAAGAAGCUAACCGUGCCUUCGCUGGUAAAGAAAUCGAGCCAGAACCGCUCGUUCUACUUUCGCUACUUGGAGCUGUGUCGCGCCAAGAGCUUGACACCAGUGCCCGAAAUUCGCAGGAAAUGCCAUGAGAUCAGCUCCCUGGAGCUCAACGCCGACAAGCUGAACGUAAGUGACUGGCUGCAGAUCAACGAGGCGCUGCACAAUGAUCUCUGCCUGAAGGCGCUGGUGCUGCGUCUGCAGCGCUCCUAUGAACCAAAUACAAUCGAUCCCAUCGACUCGGAGAAUCGGGCACGUCUCUUCAAACAGCGCCCGGUGGUAUUCACGCGUUUCAUUUUCCGUGGUCUCGUCCAGUCCAUCGCCCAUUGUGUGUCGAGCAACAUGAAUCUCACGGAGCUCAAGCUGGAGGGCCUGCCCCUCCAUGAAGGUUACAUCGAGUGCAUUGCCAAGUCGCUAGCCGCCAACAAAGGCUUGGAGAAAUUGAGCUUCCGCAGGUCCCCCAUUGGGGACAAGGGCUGCGAGUUGGUCUGCAAUAUGGCCAAGUCCUUCCAUCGCAUUGAGUUAUUCGAUCUCUCCGAGUGCUGCAUCACCUCCAAGGGGGCAGUUCAUGUGGCUGAAAUGAUUAAGAUGCAAAAAGUAUCCCGAUGGGGGCAGUCCCCCAAAGAUGAUUCCAUUUUGGGCUUGAGCACGCUCCUGCUCGCCAACAACCCCAAUAUUGGAGACGAGGGACUCCAAGGGAUCGCCGAAAUGCUGAAGGAGGAUGCCUGGAUACAGGUCGUGGACAUGCAGGACUGUGGCCUGACUGACAUUGGAGCUAAUUCAAUACUGGAGUGUCUGAACCAGAACAUUUCCAUCACGGAGUUCAAUGUGCGCAAUAACGAGGGAGUUAGCCAGCUUUUGCAACGCAGCAUUCGCAACCACCUGGGCACCCCAGAAGUCGAGAAGAAGCAGGAGUCGGAGGAUGAUCCCAGCGUGCCCAAGGGCAAACAGUUCACCAUUGACCAGCUGACCGCGAUCACCAAGGUACUUGAGCAUCAGCUCUCCCUUGAGCGGGCACUGCGACAGAAGGCCGAAGCGAUGUACACAAAGCUCAACAAUAAACUGUUGACCAUUGCUGGCCACAAACCCAUUGAUAAGGAGGAGCAGGAACACGAUAGCCGAUCCGAGGUGGAAGCCAACCACUCCCACAUGCCCAACGAAUAUCUAGAAAAGAUGUCAGAAGAUCCAUUAGACUCGGCAAUGCCUCCGUGCAGCAACUUGUCGUCUCCGCGCAGCAAAUUGUCGUCUCCGCGCAGCGACUUGUCCUCUCCGCGCAGCGACGUGUCCUCUCCGCGCAGCAACUUGUCGUCUCCGCGCAGCGACCGCUCAACGCUGUGUGAUGACGAGGAAUCUGAGGCACAGUAUGGCCACUCAGAUUUGCUGGAAAUAAAGAAGGUUCGCAGUUUUAGGAAGAAGCUGAAGACCACACGGUUGCAAGUGCGAAAGGUGUGCAGCGUGAUGCAAAACGAAGAGCGCAAGGGGAAGGGAGAAAAUAUGAAUCACGAGUCAACGUCGGAUAACGAAAUCGUCAACAAACGCCACCAAGUCGAGCAGGACAUUGGGGUCAGUAUUAUGGUAGCCGAGAAACAACACGGACGUGGUCGUAACAAAUCGAUGGACAAAUCAAUGCAGAAAUUCGAGCAGGACACGAUGAUCAAGGACGGUCCUAAGCAAGCGCGUGGUCGUAACGACGGAACUGGUGAGGGUCAAUGCUGUGGAAAGAUGCCGCACAGGAUCGAUUGA